AUGGCUGCUGCCGAUGAGAUCCUUCCUCCCGGGGACCCCGCGCCCGAGCUACUCGAAGGACGCCUCUGGGUUGAUGGCUGCUUCGACUUUUUCCACCACGGCCAUGCCGGCGCCGUUGUACAGGCCCGCCAACUCGGCGAUGAGCUCUACGUUGGGGUGCACUCAGACGAAGCAAUCCUCGAGAACAAAGGUCCUACGGUUAUGAACCUGAAAGAGCGCCUUCUUGCCAUCGACGCCUGCCGCUGGGUCACCAAAUCGAUCCCGGACGCCCCCUACGUAACCCAGCUGUCAUGGAUUAGCCACUUCGGCUGCAAAUACGUCGUCCAUGGCGACGACAUCACGUCGGACUCUUCCGGCGAAGACUGCUACCGAUUUGUCAAAGCCGCAGGACGUUUCAAGGUCGUCAAGCGGACACCGUCGAUUUCCACCACCGACCUCGUCGGCCGCAUGCUGUUGUGCACCCGUGGGCACUUUAUCCGUUCUCUAGAGAAAGUCUUGGCCGGCCAGGAGGGCCAUGGCACCGAUGCCGAGCGCAAAGCGGAAGGGGCCGCUAUGACGGAGCGUGUGAGGCUGUAUGCAACGGAUGAGACCGCGAACAAGCCAGGGGCCGAUGUUUGGUUUUGGGGGCCUGGAAGCGGGUUCCGUGAGUUGUUUAAGGGGAUCGGUCCAAGACAGGGACAAAGGGUGGUGUAUGUGGAUGGUGGGUUCGAUUUGUUCUCUAGUGGGCAUAUCGAGUUCCUCAAGCUGGUGACCGAGGCGGAGGAGGAGCUAGCUCGGGAAGAUGGGUGGUACUCGGAGCAGGCCGUGAAUGAGCGCAAGGGGAGGGGUGAGGACUACGGCCCGGUAUUUGUCGUGGCGGGCGUGCAUGACGACGAGGUUAUCAACCAGUGGAAGGGGGUCAAUUACCCGAUCAUGAACAUUUUCGAGCGCGGACUUUGCGUUUUGCAGUGCCGAUACGUCAACGCCGUUGUCUUCGGCGCUCCCUUCACGCCCACCAAGAGCUACUUGACCACCCUCCCUUGGGGCACGCCCGAUGCCGUUUACCACGGCCCGACAUCCUUCAUGCCUUCCACCGAAGACGUCUACGCCGACCCCAAAGCCCUGGGCAUCUACCGGGAGAUUGGCCACCACGAGUUCGAGAACGUCAAUGCCGGCACCAUCGUGCAGCGCAUCAUGCAAAGCCGUGAUCUUUACGAGGCGCGCCAGAAGGCGAAGGGGAUGAAGGCAGAUCUCGAAGCGGCACAUCGUCAGCGGGAGCUUCUUGAGGAAGAGCAGCGCAAGAAGGAGGCGACCCGCUAA